AGUAAGCAGCGACCUGUGCCUCAUUCUACCUGAUGCUUACCACUUCACCCGUAGUGCUACACAUCCUUGAAAAUACCCAGUGAGAGAUGACACACUGAGUACCACACACGGCUCAGACACCUCCCACAGUGCCAUUAAGCCCUGCUGACAGUAGGCAUCCUACACACCACUUACUGCCAGGGUCUUCUCUUCCUCGUCAGUGAAGCGUCACAAAAGUUUAUUGACUUAGUUAUUACCAGUGAAAAUUAUUGAGCUUUUUACUGUGUGUUGCUGUAAAACAUUCCCAUAUACUGAGACUGUCAGUACCUGUGUAAGAGAGAAUGGUGUCUCAGUUGUUCUCUGGCAUCACUCAAAGCCUACAAGGUGGCUCUUCGCCUCAGUUCUCCCCAACUCUCGUCCCAGCCGCCAUUUCCAGCAAGAACUUUUUUAUUGACUUCUCCUUGCAGGACCAACCAUUGGGAAGGAUUGUAAUCAAGGUGCUGGAGGGAACAGGACAGCUAGGGUCGGAGUUCGAAGCCUUGCUGACGGGGAGGAAUGGUUUCGGGUACAAGGGGUCACGGGUGUUUGCCUGUUGUCAGAACGAGUGGAUUCUCCUGGGCGACCUCUUGUAUGACGCCCCGCGGUCCCUCCCUCCCCAGCGACACUACUGGGACCCCUUAGAAAACGACGACGGCGACGAAGAUGAGAGAGAAGGAGCGCAUUUUGUUCGCGACAGAAAGAAAAGCUCCGAUAGCGAGGCUUGCCCCCGCAUCCUUCACAACGGGUACAUAGGAGUAGCCGAGGAACAGGACACGGGUUACAGGGACUUGCGGGGCGCCGUGGUAGCAGUGGCUGCUGACUUUGACCUGGGCACAAUGACCUGGAUUCUGGGUCCGCAGAUGAAGAUCUGCCUCAAUGACAGUCUUAUCAGGUCAGGUCGUGUGUUGGGUCAGGUCACUGAGGGCAUGCAGGUGGCUCAACAAAUCUCCCAAAUGAGUGAACACGGAAACUUCGAGCCAUCAGCCAGGAUCAACAUUAGAGACUGUGGCCUCUGCUAAUGUCUCCAACUGACACCCACCACCUACAUCCACUACACAUGCAGGAUUCAUCUCAUACACGUAGUCUCAAGGAAACGAAUGCUCUCUGCAAUUGGUCUGCUGUAAGUGGGUGGUGCUCAACAAGAAAACAGGGAAGGUGCUCAACAAGCCAACAGGGAAGGUACUCAACAAGCCAACAGGGAAGAUACUCAACAAGCUAACAGGGAAGGUACUCAACAAGCCAACAGGGAAGGCAUUCAACAAACCAACAGGGAAGGUACUCAACAAGCCAACAGGGAAGGUACUCAACAAACCAACAGGGAAGGUACUCAACAUGCUAACAGGGAAGGUACUCAACAAGCUAACAGGGAAGGUACUCAACAAGCCAACAGGGAGGGUACUCAACAAGCCAACAGGGAAGGUACUCAACAAACCAAGAGGGAAGGUACUCAACAAGCUAACAUGGAAGGUACUCAACAAGCCAACAGGGAAGGUACUCAACAAGCCAACAGGGAAGGUACUCAACAAACCAACAGGGAAGGUACUCAACAUGCUAACAGGGAAGGUACUCAACAAGCUAACAGGGAAGGUACUCAACAAGCCAACAGGGAGGGUACUCAACAAGCCAACAGGGAAGGUACUCAACAAACCAAGAGGGAAGGUAAUCAACAAGCCAACAGGGAAGGUACUCA